AAAAAAACAAGAGGAGAAAAGAAAAGAACCAAACACUUAAAGUGUAUUUUCUUAAGGAACUUUGACACCAACGCCUUAGACUCCGUUUAUAGGCAUGCAGCCCACUUCAUUUUUCUUACAUAUGCCCAUGUGGGUGCUAUACUAUACACUCAUACAAUCAAAUUUAAGAAAAAAAAAUCAAAAGAUCAAUUGGAUUAGAUUCAAAUCAAAUGUUCAAGAGACUAGAACUCUCCCAGAGCUCACGCUUUCAAAAAUUCAGUUACAAUUUUUGAUAACUGCUAACUAACACUCAACCAACUACUGCUACUUAAGGUCUUGAUGCUAAAAAUCUAAACUGUACCAUUAUUUGAUGAUCUUAGGUGAAUGGAAAUCAUGAAACUAUGAACAUUGAAGGGGAUUUUAGAUAUGUUGAUUCGGGGGCAUUUGAUGAGUGUUCAGACUUUCUAGAAUACUUGGAUGAUUGUGAACAUAAUUGGGAAGAUGCUUUCUCAAGCUGGGGUCAAAGUGUCAGAAAGUUGGAAAGAAGAACGUAAAUUGGCACAAACUUCAUGGGGACCAUGGAACCUAGUAAAGGACAGCGACAAAAGGGAGUAAUUGCAAGAUCUGUUCUUUUAAGACCCGGAGGUCCAUUAGCAUCUGAGUUAGCCAGACACCCUGUUGUUCUUAAAGUUGAUGAUUGGGUGUUCUGCCAUGGUGGCCUUCUUCCCCACCAUGUUACUUAUGGCAUAGAGAAGAUAAACAAUGAGGUAUCUAAAUGGAUGAAUAAUGUUGGUGAAAAUGAUGAGUCACAAAUACCAUUUAUAGCUACACGAGGAUACGAUAGUGUUGUGUGGAAUCGUUUAUACUCUAGAGAUACCACUGAUUUAGAAGAUUAUCACAUCGAACAGAUUCAGUCUAUACUUGACACUACACUUCAAGUGGUUGGAGCAAAAGCUAUGGUGGUGGGCCAUACUCCACAAACUACAGGUGUCAAUUGUAAGUAUAAUUGUAGCAUUUGGCGCAUUGAUGUGGGGAUGUCUAGUGGAGUUCUUGAUUCAAGACCUGAGGUUUUAGAAAUAAGAGGCGACAAAACAAGGAUAAACCACAAGAAAUAACGACUUAUUGGGAUGAAGAUGAAGCCAUGAUAUGAUUUGUCCUGUGAAGAGCUGCAUGGAGAUGAACGGGUGGAUGAAUAUUUAUUGGGUUUAAAUUCAUGGCACAUAAGUAGUUUUAUUGUAAAAUAGGAUGAAAAAACUUGCUACUCUAGAAAAGUUUCAUGUCUAUACUGGGGGGAUAUGUAUAUAAACAAAAGGGUAUUUAUGGAAUAAAACUUGUUUGGUUGAUGUAUAUUUACAUGGCAACAAACAAGAUGUAAUCGUAUUACUUAUAAAUAUUUGAAAGAGCCAAACAAUUUGUUGCUUUUAGAGGUUACUUACUUGAUUAAUAAUGUUCAUAGGGUG